AUGUUACAUAUAUUUAAUAAUAAUAUUGAUGAUAUUAAAGAAUUUUUAAGCAGUAAUGAUAAUUCUAAAAUAUUUUCCUGUAAAGAAUUUAUCAACAAAUGUGUAGAUUUAUAUAAAAGUAUGGAUAAGGAUCACUGUUCAAUAGAUCGUGCUUCAGAUACAACAAAAAUUUUCACCUGUGAUAUAGUAAAAAAGUUUAAAAAUUUAUAUUGCUCAAAUAUUUACAAUACGUUGGAAAGGAACAAUGAUUUUCCAGAUUUAUAUGAUAUUACUACUAUUAAUAAUAUGGAGGGAUGCCCAUCAGAAGAAAAUCAGUCAUAUAGUGCUUCUACAGUAGAAAUCAAAGAAUCAGAUUCUUCUAAAAUUCAAAGCGUGCCCCCUGCUCUUGGCUUAAUGGCUGGAAUACCUCCUCUUUUAGUAUUAACAUAUAAAAAGAUGGAUAAAUUCGGCUUUACGCGGAAGUGGAAGAGGAAUAAAAACAAUUUGUAUGGCGAUGAAGGAAAUGAAAUAUUAUUUGAUGGAAAUGUACAUAGUGAAAUUAAUACUUAUAAUAUUGGAUACGAUGUACCAUAA